AUGGAAUUUUCUACCCAGAAUGAUAGAUUUUCAAAAGGAAAAUGUGACCUGUUCGACGUUAACCUUGAAACGGAAUUGCAAUGCUUAGAAUUUUCAUCGCCAUUACUUUCGGGAGAUUAUCGUUUAGUCGAAAUCAAUUCAGAAUUAGCCGACCAAAUAAUGACCGGUGAACAGCUUGUUAUUCGCGGUGACCAAGAAGACAGUCCUGUUUUGUGUACCCAUGAUACCACAUAUGAUAUAAAGGAAGUAGUAACAUCAAAUGCGUUAUUACUUUUACCAGAGUUUCACUUUAACGAUGAGGCUGUUGCUAAUAAAAGUAAUAAAACGGUUCGAAAGGUUAUUGGAAUGAAAAAUAAUUUUACGGAACUACGAAAAAUGACUUAUGUAACAGUUCAGCGGUUGAAAGAAAAACUACAUGAGAGUGAAUUGGAAUGGGAUGAUGAAUUUAACAAGAACGAUAAGUUCUAUACUGUUGAAGAUUUACUAGAUGUGGUUCAAAUGAGUGAAACAGAACUGCAGAAAGCUCUCGAACGCAUGCCUGUGAUAACAUUAGACGGGUAUGUGCGGAUGUUGUCAGCGGAAUUCCAUGAUCGUCUUGUAACUGUGCUUGUGGAUUGUUUGGAUGAUGAUGAAGAACCAGGCAUCAUUCUUGAAUCUGUUGGGUUGGAAUGUUUGAAAGAAGCUUUUAAAAAACACCUGCCAGACAAAAAUAUUCCUGUUGAAGCAGUUAAUUGGUUGAUUGGAGCAUACUGCGAUGUUGUUAAAGGUAUUUAG